CGUUACUGCUUAUACGUUGUCUUUACGCACGGGCCAACACUCUUCAGGGCCAAAUCAGGAGGGGGUCCCUCUGCCACUGGCCCCACCCAGCAGGCCCCACCCCAGAGUCAUCAAGCACCCAAGGACCCCCAGCAAGGUGCCAGGUCAAAAGGUCAAUUAGACAGCCACCUUGGAGAGAAAAGCAUCCCACGCUCCAUUCUUUCAAAGUCCCGUGAAGCACAGGUAGCCCCUAUAGAGAACCGAGAAUCGCCAGUAGAAGAAGCUCAAGAAGCUCUCUCCCCUUCAGCCUUUGGCGCCACAAAUUAUCCAGAUGGCAGUUCCCAGCUCAGUAGUUCAUCAAAUCAACGCAUCAGCCAACCGCAGGUAUCCGCCCUCCCUCCCACACUUGCACCGUCAAAGGCACCGGCGGUGUCCCUCAUUCAAGGUGACAAACCGACUGUCGGAGGUGGGUCACCGAAGAUCCUGCCUCCCGCGCCAACAGAGAGGGUGCGUAGCUUGACCAAUCCCAGCUCGGAUUCAGAAGCAAGCAGCCAGUCUCUGUCGUCUGCCAGCUCCAUUCCAUUCGCCUACGAUAGCAAAGCGCCACCGCAGGUUGACAUCAACCCAGUGUCGGCAUCACCCCAUACUGGCAGCUUGGAGAGGUCGAUAGAGAAGGCCUCCGAUCAGUUGAGGAAGCUGAGCAGUUCGUGGAAAGAUGAAACAAGCCAAGAGAAACCUGGUAUGGAGAUGAGAACAAUGCAGCAUCAUAGAGAUGAGGUUGAUAGUUGCCAUGGUGACAAGGAUGAUGCUGACCAAGAUAGUAUCAUGGUUGGAGGCUCCCAUAGAACUAGACAUGACAGUGGCACAGUACACACAUUGUAAUAAACUUUGUUCCAUCCAUGAACUCUGUUUUAUAGAUAAAACUUAAAUUGGCAACUUUCACAUGAUAACACAGUAUCAUGAAUCAUCAUUUUUAUGAAGUGUCCCAAUAGGACAAUAGUGAUUUUUUUUUUUUUUAAAUCAAUCUCACAAAAAAUCAGUAUUAACAGCCUUGCUCACUUUGUUAGAUAUUGUACUAUCUUGAUAUAGAAAAUUAAAUUCAGUCACAUACCUUUCAUGGCCACAAACCGAAAUCUUACAUUUAAAACCCAUUUAUUUUAAAAAAUCUUGUUUUUAUUUGUUGAAACACUGUUGGGACAAGUCAUAAAAGCAAUGUUCAGAUACCGUUCAUAAUAUAAGAUAAAAUUGUGAAUAUAUUCAGAAGGGGCAAUAGUAGAUGAAGUUAAUAUGAAAAUAAACUUGUUGAUAAUGUCUUUGUAUGUUCAUGAUUAUCAUGUAAAUAAAUCUUGAUUUUGUAUAUCUCUUCAUGUCAAAUUUAUCACAUACAGUUGGUAUGUGAUUCUCUUUAUUUUUUUCCUUUAAUUUUCUUCUAUUUGAAAAUUGAUAUAGCAAACUAUUUUUUAUAGUUAACUGAAUAAAUACUAGAAAUAUUGUAAGUUUUAUCUGCAUUUGGCAUUGCAUUAUGAAAUUAUGAGAAAAAUUUCACAAAGUCUAAAUAUUCAUAAUUUUUCACACCAUGUGAUUGUUAUAUUCCAGAUUAAUGUGAAAUUAUCAUCCUUCAAUAUCACUCAUUUGAACAUUGAUUAGAUCUAUAGGUCCUCUACAUCAAAUGAAGACUUUGCUUUAGAAAAUAACCACGAAAGAGAAAUGAUUGUGUGUAAUGGAAAUGAUUCAAGUAAGGCUGUGAAUGUACUCAAAAUAGCAAAUAUUGCAUUCGGAGAUGAAAUGUCGAUUUUUUUCUUCUUAAAUUUAUGCUGAAAAAAACUACUUGGAAAAUGGUGCAGCUCAGAUCCUUUCUUUAUCUCGAAAACUGUCUCUAUUCAGACAGCUUAUGACUCCCUUGGUUAUUGUAACACUAUUCGUGGUUAUUUUGGGUGUCUUAAUGGCACAUUUCUUGAUAAAAUGACUGUUCCAUGUACUUUGGUCAUUGUAUGGGGCCUUUAUUGACUUCUGGAAACCCAGAUUGAAAUGUCCAUUGUUGCAAAUUUUCUACAAAAUGUUUUGUGUAGUCCCACUCAUCUCUAUAAUAGCAAGACAUUUAAACUGUGAUUUAGAGGGAUUAAAUAUACAAUCCUCAGACAGCAGUGUAUGCGCGUUUCUUCCCUUUAUGAGCAUUCUGGGUUGUGACUGCAUUAUUGGGCCAUUUUCGGGAAGAUCUAUUAUCACAAGUUCUCUGUACAUGGCAGGAGUACUUAUAUGGCCAGCCAUUAGGUUAUAAGCCUGUUCACGGUUGUAAACUGCGCACGAGCAGAAAAAGGUCAUUGGAGACAACCAUGAAGGUGGCUUUCAAAUUCACUGACAUAGGCAUUUGUGAUUUGAUGAUUAUUCACGUAUUCCUUUCAAAAUAUUUAUCACAUCCAAGCUGAAGAGUAAUAAAUAGAGCCUUCAUAAUCACUGGUAUUUGACAGUAGCCUAAACAAUAGUCAAAUGUGCCAAAGGCAGACAAUAAAACAGAUUUCCAAACUUUAUCCCUGAUGUACUAUUCUAGUCACCUGGUCUAUACAAUGCCUUUUGUUCUUAGAAUUUGAAUACUCUACCAGUAAAGCUUACGCAACAUCUACAUUUGAAAAUGAUAGUGCUUAUCCUAAUGAAAAAUCACAAAGGUCAUUUGAGAAUAGUUGAUCAUGAGCUAACCGUGAACUGGCUUAUUGUUGUCUGUAGGUAGUUAUACCAUUAUUUAUUCUUCACAGCCUGCGUAGAGGAAGAGAAGAUUCUUACCAACAGUCUUGGUACACUUUGCAUUUUUUUGUUGUAUUUACUGAUUUUUUUUAAAAUGAAUUCAUUGAGAAUUAAUGUAAUCCAUAGCUCAUAGGUCCAAAUUUGAUUUCAAUAAAAACACUUCCUGUAGAAACCUCAACAGAAUUAUCUGAGGCUCCAUAGGUUAAUUGUUUUCAAAUUUCAAAAUUGUUGGCGUCGAUGGCUGCCCGUAUUGGUUCCAAGCUCAAGUUUAAUAUUCAUUCAUGCAUGUGAAGAGAAACUAUUGAGAGUUGUCCAGGCUUGCAACCACCCCUGGAUUGGAGCUCUUCCAUUGUCAAGAUGGUGUCAUGCAGGACCAGAUUCAUGGAAAUGGGGGUCACUAAAGGGUGAGAUAAUGGCCUUAAUAUAAAAAAGGGUUAUAGGUGAACAUUUCAAAUGUUCUUUGUUUGCUAGAUGCAUUUGUAAAGUUGAUGGAGGAUCUAUGUAUUAUCUGAAUGCCAUGUGACGCUGCAGUCACAUUUCCCUUCUGGUGCCUGCAAGGCGAGUCGAAAAUAGCCGUUUUAUGUAUUUCUACACUAAUCACCUAUAAAUUGGAACAAAAAUGAUUAAAACAGCUGUUCUUAAUUUGCCAGACCACCAUCAUAGUUGAAAUGUGACUGCGCCAUUAAAAGGAACUCUAUACUCUAUAUCAAAAGUGCCAUGUAACAUAAAUAUAAUCAAAUUUAUGAUUAAUUGCUACUCUUUUUUUGUGCAUGGUUUGCCCUAGAUUUACAAUGGAUAUCAAUCAUAAGGAUGAUAUCUUUUUCUUAUACAUGGCAGAGUUGAGAUAAUUUUUUUUUUACAUUUUUGCUUAUUUCCAAGAAUAUGAAGAUACUAAAAUGAUAAAAGAAAAGAUUAAUCUGUUUUAGUUUGGUUUUUAUUACUGCAUAAGUACAUGUAUAGCAUCCUCUUCACAUCUGAUGCUCACCUAUAAAAUAAAAAGAUAGGUCACUUCCCCAGUAUAUCACAUCAAACAAGGUUUAAUAAGCAUACUUUUGAGUACAUCCAAGAAAGGGUUUUAUGUGAGUUUCAACAACUUGAAUAUUGGCUAUUAUCUCUUCUUAUGAGUUAUGAUUUUUGUUUUUGUUUCCAGUUCUGUAUUGAGUUACAACUUACAUUUCAAGAAAAAUAUAUACAAUCUAUUGCUAGUCUUUGUUGCAAACCUGUGUUUGAUAGUGAAACGUAAGUAAUAGAUAGCAAACUUGUUUCUACUUUCAGAUGUACAAGGCAGACCAGCUAUCAAUUGGCAAUCUUUCAUGAUUUAAUUGCCAAUCUUUCCAAGAUUGAUGAUCGAUCAUAAGAGCUGAAAUUCACUCAAAAUAGAUUGCAAGUUUCUUUCAAUGUCUUCACAGUAUUUUCCUUUCCAUGGCCCAUUUCAUUCAUUUUUUUUUCUGGAUAUCUUUAUGAGUGUAAUGUUUUGUAUUAAUUUUGUUUCAAGUAAAUUGUUGGAACUAUGGUGAUUAAGUGAGAGGAUAACUUGUGGUUCUUUUCCCUUCUCUUUCUUUCUUCCUGUGAUUUUUCUUUUAUUUCAUUUUUUUCUGUAUUUUCUUUUUCCUACUUUAUUCACGCCUUUAUUUUUCUUUAUUUCCUUUGUUUUGGGGGUCAUCUUCUUUUCUUUAUUUCCUUUUUUCUCCUUCAUUUCUUUCUUUCUUCAAAUUCUAUUUUAUUUUUUUAUUUCUCAUAUGUGAUUUCAACAGUUAAUAUGACUGGAAUAUGUUCACCCAAAUUAAACUUUUGUGUGGUUAAUAGUUAAAGGAACAACAGAGUUGCUUGUAUUUGUUCAGAAACAACCCUAAAUCACAGGAUCUAUUGGCUUUUGAAUUACUCAAGAAAGGAAGUAUUGAGAACCUUUCCCUUAAUCUCUAAAUUGAUGUAUUUGCUGUAGUUUGUGAAUAAGCUUUAGAAUUACCCCUAAAUAAAGAAUGAAUUGCUUUGUUAAAGUUCAUGGAGGAAUGGAAGUGGUUUGUUGGGAGACACUCAAAAAGCUUUGGUUGAACUUCAAAAGGUUCUUAAGAAGAGAAUUUGUAAAGUAGCCUUUGUUUGAGGAGAUUCAAGUUCCAAGAAAGAGAGUUCAUGUGGGGGUCGAGGAGGAGGGAGGGGGGGAGAGAACAGACCAUUUGCGCUGGACCAUUAGCCUUUGAGGUCUUUAGAAAAGUGAGAUUUUAUGAUUGCUUGGAUCACUUCCUAACUAUACUUGAACUUUGGAUUUCAGAGAAAUAUCGUGUGCAAAUAAUGUUUGUCUUGGUGAGGGGCGAUAACAUGAAUAUCACCCCCUUACCAGCAGGGAACCAAUUGGUAUUGGUAGGAAGGGGUAAGAAAUGCGCCCUGAAUCCUUAAAGGGGUGUUUUCUUGCCUAAAUACUGCACUGUAGUAGGAUAUUCCUUCAUUAAAUGUGAUUAAUAGAUUGUGAUUGGCAUGAGUUGUUUCCACAUCUACCGGUAUUCUGUUCAAAGAAAGUAUAAUAAUUGCCACUGGAGGGACCACUCACAAAAAAAUACCUUGACUGAAACUUGCCCCACUAUGCACCACCAAUAUGCAAAGGAAUUAUUCUAUGAAUAGUGUGCAGUUGACAUGACCAGACAAAGAAUGGAUUAAUCUUAUCAUUCAUAAUUAUAUAGAUUGUGAAUCUAUAGCAAACCACGCAUUGCAGUGCACCGCAGAGAUACAAAUUGAUUGUAAUAUUGAUUUAUCUACUAGGUUCAAAGCAAAGGAGGUUCAUUUUAUUUCAUUUUUGUCUCACCUGCAUAGCAGAGUGAGACUAUAGGCGCCGCUUUGGCGACGGCGGCGUCAACACUAAAUCUUAACCAAAGGUUAAGUUUUUUAAAUGACAGCAUAACUUAGAAAGUAUAUGGACCUAGUUCAUGAAACGUAGCCAUAAGGUUAAUCAAGUAUUACUUAACAUCCUGCCUGAGUUUCAUGUCACAUGACCAAGGUCAAAGGUCAUUUAGGGUCAAUGAACUUAGACCAUGUUGGGGAAUCAACAUCAAAAUCUUAACCUAAGGUUAAGUUUUUGAAAUGUCAUCAUAACUUAGAAAAUAUAUGGACCUAGUUGAUGAAACUUGGACAUAAGAUUAAUCAAGCAUCACUGAACAUCCUGCCUGAGUUUCACAUCACAUGACCAAGGUCAAAGGUCAUUUAGGGUCAAUGAACUUUGGCCGAAUUGGGGGUAUCUGUUGAAUUACCAUCAUAACUUUGAAAGUUUAUGGAUCUGAUUCAUGAAACUUGGACAUAAUAGUAAUCAAGUAUCACUGAACAUCCUGUGCAAGUUUCAGGUCACAUGAUUGAGGUCAAAGGUCAUUUAAGGUCAAUGAACUUUGGCUAAAUUGGGGGUAUUUUUUGAAUUACCAGAUCAUAUCUCUGUAAGUGUAUUGGUCUAGUUCAUAAAACGUGGACAUAAGAUUAACCAAGUAUCACUGAACAUCUUGUGCGAGUUAUAGUAGUUUUCCCCGUAGUUUUCAGAGUCAGCACUGCUGCUAUAUUGAAUCGCGUGAUGCAGGUGAGACCGCCAGAGGCAUUCCACUUGUUAAAUCCCUGUUUCAUUGGAGCUGCAAUCAGUUCUACAAUUAGUGCAACUGAAAGUUUAUAGUAAUCUUGUAUGUAUGUUACAAUGGAUUUCAUUGAAAAAAACUUUUUGUUUCUGUUCUAGUGCCCUAGUGUACUUUGCAUUGAAACAAAAAGUGACUUGAUAUUUUCUUUUUGAUUUGAAAUGCAUCAUUUGAUUGGACAUACUUAAGUCUUAUAUAUGCAAGACUCAAUGAAGAGAUAUAUCACUGUUGCUAGAAACCUAAAUGUAAGGUUGAUCAAUUUUAAAUUGGACUUCAAUAUCCAUUAUGUUGAUGAAAGAUCAUGUCAUGAGUAAUCAAGUAGGCUUUUUAGAAGGUAUGAAAUAUUUUUAUUCCUAAUUUGAUCAAAGUACAUAAGAGUAAUAAUAAUAAUACAUGAGAUUUGUAUAGCGCACUUUCCAUCUUGAUUAGAUGCUCAAGGCACUUCAGAGCAGAACAACAACAAAAGCUAUUUACAUAUAAUACAUGUCUGAACAAUAUGUUUUUCAAAAAGCACUCUUAAACAGGUGUAUUUUCAGGUUGCCCUUGAAGGUGGUCACUGAAGUUUGGGUUUUCAAACUCUGCGGAAGAGAAUUCCACAGGCUAGGCCCUGCAUGAGCAAAGGCCCGUUCCCCCGUAUGAUAUGUAAGCAACUGGAAUUUGUAAGAGUUUAGAUGAUGAGGAUCGUAAGGUUCUUGAGGGUUGGUCAUUAUGCAUCAAAGACUUAUUUUAACUGGGGGAAGUUCCGUUGACUAUAUGAAAAAUCAAAACAAGGAUUUUAAAGAUUAUGCGUUCCUUCAGGGGCAACCAGUGAAGAGUUUUCAAUAUAAAAGCUGCUAUAUUUCAAAUAUACAGGUAAAAAACAAAAAAAAAUUACAUGCGAUGGAGGUCCAUCCACCUUUAUAUAACAAGUGUGAGGCUGCCUUUGAUACUUUUUAAGAUUUAUUUUUCAUAAAGUCUGAUAAAAGGUUAUGACACCUUUUAGCAUGGGAAAGGGAAGUAAUGAUAUUACAUCCCUUCCUGCGUAUUGUGAAGUUGUUAUUUCAUGGGAAAUUCAGUAGGAAAGGCUGAACAAAUAACAAAGCCCAAAAAAAUUACAGUAUGGGUCAAUUGAUUUCUUAUCAAAUGGCCAGAAUACGUGCCUGAAUUAGUACAGGAAGGUAGGUUCAAAUAGUUGUUCAUUAGCACCUGAUUGAAAUGAAUUUACUUUUCAUGGAAAUCAAGAGUUCAUGUUUAGGCCAUGGUGGUUUUACAGGAGGAAGAGGGGUGAGAAAUUGAACCCCUGUUCACCCAACAGGGGGGCAAAGGCAGCUGGCCUUCGUUUGUGGCCACUCCAUGGGUGUAACUGCCGUAUAAUUACUUCCAUUCAUGACAAAAAUAAUUAUUUGGGCGGGAAAACGGUCUAUUGAUUAUUUCAAACGAUAUAUAUAUUUUUUUGCUGGUAGAACAGCAUUGGAGAGUCCUUUCUUCAUUUGAAUUUCAUCAAUGCAUUUGCUUGAAUUUCAAAACAGAUUACAUAUAAUAGCAGUGUGGUAUAUUUAGUGUCUCAAUAAUUAUGCAGACUGAAAAUGUGAGCAUAUGUCAAUUAAAUAUUUUUACAGUGAUUUACUGGCAAUUCAGAAAAAAAAAUGAUACUGCUGUGAUUAAUAGCGGCGCCUGUUAUUUAAUAUCCCAUGUGAUAAUCAUAUCUUUCCACGAAAUGAUACAUUUGUAUACUGCAUUACUGGCAGCCAAUAAAAAAAUCCGGGCAUUAGCUCCAGCCUCCUCUAAUAAUGACUUAUUUGUCCUUCCAUGAAUAGUACAUACCUAUUAAAUCCAUAAAAUUGAUAAAAUGAAUAACCAAAAAGCUGAGAGAAAUCUCCCCAUAAAUAAUGCUAGAGUUGACUGUACUCUUCUGAGAAGUUAGUUGUUUGCCCUGUAAUAUUAAACUUCAUCAGGCAAAAAAUUGUUUGUUUUUUUUAUUUUCAGGGGCUGAUUUACACAAACUGCUGCCUAAAUCUGCUAUGUUGGAUAAGCUUUAACAUGACAGAGAAUAGGGAUUACAGGGGCUGUUUAUUAAAUUUUCAGGGGCCCCUGUGUCAAUUUUUUCCCCAGAACUACAUAAUUUGAGCUAUAGCUUAAGAGCCAGGUGUUUGGUGAUUUCCUUUCAUUUUGUUCUAAGCAACAACCAUUAACCAUGGACCAAUGACCAUGGAAGCAUUUUAUUCAAAUUUGUUGAUGUAUUCAUUUGGAUAUGUUUGGACCUCUGCCGUGUUAAAACCAGGUGUUUGCUACUUUCUUUUCAAUAUUUCUACGAAACAACCAAUUAAUCAAAGAUCGUUUACCCUUAAAAUAUGUUUAUGUAUUCUUUUGAAUGUAUAUAGGCCUAUCAUUAAACGCAGGUGUUGGCAAGCUUUCCUUGAAACAACUAGUAAUGAAGGGUCAGUUUUAAUGCACACUUUAGAAUAACGAGGAGUUGUACUCUUGAAUAUGAGAUUUUAAAUACUUGACUUUUUCUAUAUAUGUAUAUAUAUUUAUACUAUUUUUCAUAUCAAUUUCUUAUCUAUAAUUCCUCGAAGUUACAAUAGAAAUUUGGUAGGAUAUGAGGCAUGUGUGAUACUUCAGUAUUCAUAAUAAAGGGAUAUUAUUAACAAUAUGGCCUCUACCCCGAACCCCCCCCCCCCCACACACACACACAAACAUACACACACAAGCAUGCUCUCAUUGCUAAAUCUUCUCUUAGAUUCUGGGGGGUUGCUGUUUUUUAUUGAAAUGUAAGCAGUUGCUAUAGCUCCCAAGAUUUGUAAAGGAAAUUUUCUUUAAAAAUCCAGUCCGUAUAUUUGAAAAUUUAUUUUUCUCACUGCAGAAACUACCCCAUACUCCUAAAAAUAAAAAAUGAUAAAUAAAAUGAUAAUAUACAAAUGGAAUAUGAUUAUUACUUUUAAUUCCUUCCUUUUAAGGCCACCGCACACCUUACAAUCCGACUGGUCUACGACUGGCUUGCGACUGAGUGAGGGGAGAUGUGACGUCACAGCUCUUGUCAGCUUGAGAGUCGCAGACCGGUCAGAGACAAGUCGCAAAGAAAAUCGUAAGGAUUUGACAUGUCUAAUCCUUAUGACUGGGUCGCAAACUCAAUCCAACUUCCAGCCAAUCAGACUGCAGAGUUGCAUGACGCGUAUAUGGAAUACAGUAGUAAGCUCCAUUUUCUUAGUUGCUAUGGCAAAAAGCAUAAAGUGCAUGCGUGAGUCGCAGACAGCAUGGUAGUAGGAUCGCAAGGUGUGUGGUGUCGAGGCUUAUGACUACCUUGCUAUUCAUCUCUCCUCACUCAGUUGCAAGCCAGUCGCAGACCAGUUGGGUCGUAAGGUGUGCGGUGGCCUUUAUACAUAUGAAAUAAGUAGGAAAGUCAACAAAAAUUUAUAUCUACUGCAUCAAGAUAAAAAAAACCUACUCAUGCCAUUAAAGUGCAUCAAAUGAGUACCAGCAUGAACUUGACCUAGAAAAGUUAAGCAUACAGCUUUAGAUGCAUGGGAAAUGGAAAAGAAAUAAAAAGAUCGAAAGUGGGCGUGUUCUAGCAAUUGUCUUAAGCUAGAAUCACAGUUAUGAAUCACUGAUCAAAUUGCUAACCUAAAAGCUGGUUAUGGUAUGCAAACGUUCAAGCGAUGUGUUUUCAUUAAAGUCAAAUUCUUCUUUCAAGCCCAUCCACUGCAUAGUUUAAACCAGGGGCCCAUUGCAUAAAACUUUUUACCUGAGAAAACUCGGGUUGUUUUAACCGGAGUUUUUGCCCUGUGUUAAAGUCAAUGGCAGAAAUCAGACUAACCUUAGUUUUCAGUUUUUACCAGAGUUUUCUCAGGUAAAAAGUUUUAUGCAACAGGCCCCAGGAAGUCGAAAGCCCAUCAUACUCUUGCGUCUCAUCAAAUUUUAACAUCUUUGGUUCUGCAAGAUCAACUUCUAAAACACAUUUUUCUGCAUUUUAUCUUUAAAUUUUGAUAGAUAUUAUUUUGUUUCUAAAAAAUAUCGCUUAAAUGCAACCAUUAUGUGAACUAAACAUCUUUAGAAGCCCUGUUUCUAGGGUUUAAUAUGUCUACUGAACACAGCCCAACAUAGACUGCAACAUCGACAUCUUAAAUUACCCAAGUUGCUGUGAAACGUAAUCUGGCAACAUGCGAUUCACAUCCUUAAAAGUACCUCCCACUUUGAGGGAGUGAAUGACCUGAGUAUGGGAAACAAAACAGUGAUACCAAGCCUUCCUGUUUCUUUAUGAAAAUGCUGAAGCAUUGUUUGAUAAUGCACAUAGUAACGCUAUCAUUAAAAUUGAUUAUGCGGAAAAUGAUUUAGAUUACACAUGCUUCAUUGAAUGGAUUCUCGUAUUUAUGAGGCCAGUGACACCUCGUAAACUUUAAGGUUAUGAAGAAUGAUGAAUGGCUCUAAUCUGUUUGAUUAUAACAUAGUUGGUAUGGCAGGGAUGGGAAGGUCUAGCAGAAUACUCUUGUUUUGAAGCAUGUGUAGAAAAAUCUUUGUUCAAAUUUCAGGGAUAUAAUAUCAAACAGUUUUUCCUAAAGUUCUGAAUGAAAAUUUGAUACUCUUGAAUAUGACAUUCCGAAUGGGAUUCUCAAAUUAUUAUGAGAUUAAAUGAACUUUAAAUAACGUUUUGAACUACAUAAUUUACAUUCUUAUGUAUUAAUAAUGAAAAACUCUUGUGUUUACAAUAAACUUUGAAUUAUUGGAGCCAAUACGAUAUCUUACUCUUUUGACAUAUUAAUCAUGAUAUUUGAGUUACAUAUAUCCAUUAUUUUGAUUGAAUAUGUGCACAAUAGUUUUAAAGGGGACAAAUGCUAGGAAAAUGUGUGCAAUCCACAAAAAAUAUAAACUUCUUCUGUGUGCAUUUCAUACAUUAGGGUGUUUGGCUUCCACAAUGCAUGACAAAUUCAAGCAAGUGUAUUGGAAAUGCCCGUCAAAUGAUGAUGAACAGCUAGGAGGUCUUUGUAAAAAAUUGGUUGGCCGGAACAGCCAUUUUUGUCCAAAGUAUCAGAGCUGAUGAAAAAAUGCAAAUAUGUCGUUUGUCCAGAGUCCUGAACAAAACUGCUUUUUUUAUCACUAAUUUCAACAAAUGCUUGUUGCUUGUUUAUUGUCAUGAAGGGCCGCAUUUGACGACACAUUUUUUAUGUUCUUGAAUACAUCGUGCUUCGUGGAAGCGAAACUCCCUAUCGUGUAACUUCUAAAAGCAUAAUUGUGUUGGGGGUUUAUAGUCUUGGGUUUUAGGUAAAGAAAGAGAGCUGUUCCAAGCCCCUGGAGCAUAGUGAGACAAUAACAUUUCAUUUGAACAUGAGUUGCCAGGAUAUUUGGCAUUGAUUCAGAUUGUAAAUCUUCAUGUCAUUGUUGUCUAUUCUUAGAAAUGAUCUUGUUCAUGAUUGUGAUUUGCAUUGUUUCCUCAUACUCCAAGGGGUUAUUAACAGCAAGACAGUUUUUGUGCCAAAAUAGUAUUGUUUCUUUACUAAGAAUGAAUCUCAUUUGACUGACAUUGUCUUGUCAUGCCUAAAGGGGUAUUACACAGCAGAAAAUUUGUUGUGCCAAACUGGUAGAUACAAAGGUCUUAUUUUUAGGUGGAAGCAGUAACAAAAAUCAAUAACCGAAUAUGAUUUAUUACCUUACUAUUGAAAGUGACUCUUUAAAACAUAGUUUACUAAGAUUUAAAGUUAAAAUCAAUUUUAUUUCGAUUUUUACAGGGAGCUUGUGAUUUUAAUUUGAAAAGAACAUUUUAUCUAAUGUGGGAAACCUGAUAAAACAUUUUUUUUUUACUCUAUACCCUAGAUCCCUCCAGCUGUUUCAUCGUAAUGCAUUUUUUACCUUGGAUCUAGAUACAUUUUCUGUUCAUUUUCUUACGAUUACAUCUGUAAGUUUUAAUUUUUGGCACACAUUAAUGUCUGGUAUUAUAUAGAUGAAUAUUCUAGAGAGGUUUGGUUUCCUGUUUGCAUGUCUGUAUACAAUUAUGUAAAGACAGAAAACCAUUUGGAAUGCGUAUAUGCCAUUUGAAUUAUUGUCCUCUAAAUAUGAUAAGUAGUCAAAUAUCACUGCUCUUGUCUAUUAACAUGAUCCUUUUUGUUUAAGUGAGAUAAGUGCAUACUGACAAAGAAUUAUGACAUUGCUGGCUUCCCAUAGUUGAGAUUGAAUUGAUCCAUUACACUCCUUUGUAAGAAUGGGUCUUGUUCAGCAUCAAGUCAGCUUUCAUUUACCAUUUUGCAAGAGUUAUGAUUGAUUUAGGGACUUGAAACUGAUUUGCAAUUGAUUGCAAAUUUUCUGUAAUACCCCCAUUUCACCCCUUUCAUCAUUUUAUGUCGAAACAGGGAAAAGUAUAAGCACUAAGUCUCAGUAUCAUUUUUUAUAUUCCAAUCUGAAAGGCUUUAGAUUAAAUGAAUAACAUUUGUGAAAAUCAAUAACUAUGUGAUUUUCAUGGAAUUCUCUUGAGAUUUUUUUCUUGUCUUUUUGAGAGUAUUGGGUUACAGGGUGGUUUCCUUUAAGAGACCAUCUGGUAAAUG